GCAGCUCCCCUUACAGCUGUCUGCACCACACAUAAAAUUAGACCCCCAGACAGUUGUACACUAUAGGUUCCAGCAGGCUGAGUAAACUGGGGAAAAUCCUGUUGGAGAUGGAGCCAAGUUAUAGUUCCAGUCUUUACUUCGGAAGCUGUACACACUGCAGUAAAGCGGUGUAUGGUGAAGAGAGAGCCUGCCGAGCGAUGGGACAUUUAUUCCAUUAUGCUUGUUUUACCUGCAGCAUUUGCAAUGAAAAGCUCAGUGGGAAGCCAUUUUAUUCAGUGUCAGGAAAAAUCUACUGUGAGCAUGAUUUUUUGGACUCAGGAGUUCACUCAUCCUCAGAGGCGUGUAACAGCUGUGGGUAUUUAAUCAUGGACAUGGUUUUGCAGGCUCGUGGGAAGUCCUACCACCCGUCGUGUUUUCGCUGUGUGGUCUGCAGACAGAGCCUGGAGGGUCAGCCCUUCUCUGUAGACGCAGAUACCAGAGUUUAUUGUGUCAGCGACUACCACAAGGUCCAAGCUCCUCUGUGUGCUGCAUGCAAGGAGCCAAUACUGCCGACUGAGGGGUUGACAGAGUCUAUUCGAGUGGUAUCGUUUGACAGAAAUUACCAUGUAGAGUGCUACAGUGAUACAGAGGUUAACCUCAUUUGAAGACUGGAGCAGCUUGGCACAUAUCUUUCUGUCUUCUUCUGCUGGUUUUGUUUUGUGUAUAUAUAAAACAUUAAAAAUAAGAUACAUGGUUAAUUUGAUGAAUCUGUAGCAUUUUAAACAAUAUCCUGUCUGCAAUAAGAGUCUUGAGUAUUGUUUUGUGCUCUCUGUUUCAUAUUCAUUUUAUGGAAUAAGCAAGCUAGAAUAGUUUACAUGCCCAGCAAAAUAAUAAGGAAACUGCAAAGGAAUCUUGAAUACUUGAAUACCUCAAGGACAAGAGAUGAAGUGAUGACUUUGAAACUCUGAAAUCUGGAAAGUGUUGUAGGAUACCUUUGGCCUUUAUCCAAAGUGCAAUCAUAAUUUUAAAUAAAAGAUCUGAGCCACAAA